GAACCCUAUUUUUCUAUUUACUUUGUCAGCUAUGGCAGAAGGAGCUCACCUCUACGCUCUGGAUUUUGACGGCGUUCUCUGCGACAGCUGCGGAGAGAGCUCCAUUUCGGCGCUCAAGGCCGCGAAAUUGAGAUGGCCGGAGCUUUUCGCGAAUGUGAGCGCUGAGACGGAUGCAUGGAUUCUCGACAGCAUGCGGACUGUUAGACCAGUUGUAGAAACUGGCUAUGAGAAUGUUCUGCUGGUGAGAUUGUUGCUGGAGCUCAAGGAACCUCACCGUGGAAAAUCCUCGGUGGUGAAUGGAUUGACAGUGGAAGGAGUCUUGGAGAAUUGGGAGAAGCUCAAGCCUGUGCUGAUGAAGGAAUGGGGUGAAGCCAGUAGAGACGAGCUGGUUGAGCUUUUUGGCAAAGUGAGAGACGAAUGGAUCUCGAAAGACCUCGGGACUUGGAUCAGUGCAAACAGGUUCUACCCUGGAACAGCUGAUUCUUUGAAGUUCGCGACGUCUCAAGUUUUUAUUGUUACUACAAAGCAGGCUCGUUUCGCUGCAACAUUGCUUAAAGAGCUAGGUGGUGUCGAUUUUCCUACAGACAAAAUAUUUGGUCUUGGCACUGGGCCGAAGGUGGAGGUAUUGAAGCAACUCCAAAGUCGUCCAGAGCACCAGGGAAUGAUUCUCCAUUUUGUGGAAGACAGGUUGGCCACACUUCAUAAUGUGAUCAAGGACCCCGCUCUUGACAGAUGGAACUUGUACCUUGGUAACUGGGGAUACAACACACCGGCGGAACGCGAGGCAGCAGCUGCUAUCACUCGCGUCCAAGUUCUAGACCUCCCAGAUUUCUGUUCGAAGCUCAAGUAGACAAACACGAUUCUUUUGUACACUGAAGGAGCAGCAAAGAGAAAUCUUUCUUUACGCAAGGAAGACGGUCUUCCGAUAAACGAAGGGAAGUUAUUACCAUCUUUUU